AGAAGAAGGACAGCUCCAGUAUGAUGCACACCCUCCGCCAAUAUGAAGGCACUCAGGGCAGUUUCUGCCUUAGAUUUUAAAGAAUAAGCCUUGUUAUUUCUACAAGUGCUGAAUCCACUACCUGGACUAAAGUAGAUGCGACGCCGAAUUAAUAUCUUGGUCCUGCAGAAUGUCCAAGAUCAGGCGGAAAGUAACAGUGGAGAAUUCAAAAACCAUAUCUGAUAGCAGCAGCAGCAGCAGCACCACGACGACCAGCAGCACCAGCAACCCCGCCGCCCCCUCCCGCCGGCCCAGUGUGUUCGAGAGACUCGGCCCCAGCACUGGGAGUAAUGCUGCUGAUAGUCACUGUAGAAAUUGGCUGAAGACCGGUAAUUGCAGUUACGGCAACACUUGUCGCUACACACAUGGAACUCAGCCACGAGGCAAAGGAUUUAGCUUUAGUCGGUCAGCCGAGAGACCCACAGGUGAUCUGCGGGAGAGGAUGAAGAAUAAAAGACAGGAUGUUGACCCAGAAAACUUGAAGCGAGACCUCGAAGAGCCCACAUCCCCCGCAGCGAGACAGAGAGAUUCCUCCAGAGGCCGACACAGGGAAAAGGAGGAUAUAAAGAUCACAAAGGAGCGCACCCCAGCCAGUGAAGAAGAGCCCACAGAGUGGGAAGCUAACCGUGAAGGUAAGCUCGUUCCAAACUCAGAUAUCGGUGACUACGACUACGAGUUAUCCCUGGAGAUGAAACGCCAGAAGAUUCAGCGUGAGCUGAUGAAAUUGGAGCAGGAGAACUUGGACAAGAGGGAGGAGAUUGUCAUCAAGAAAGAUGAGACCCCCACCAAAACCAGAGCCGCUGUCGUGCCGAAAGCCUCUCCAGAGCCGAUAAGUCAGAAAGAUUCCCCGCCAUCCAGGAAGUCCAGCAGAUCUCCAAAACAUAAAAGUGGAACCAAAGGCCAAGGCUCUGGGAAGAAAGAGAAGAAGGCAUCAGUGUCCUCUCCUGUCUCAGAAUCUACCAGGCCUUCAAAAGCCAGCCACAGUAAGAAGAAAGGCCCCCGUACCCCCAGUCCUCCUCCCCCAGUCCCUCUGGACAUCCCUGUGGUGGGGAAGAAACACAAAGGCAAACACAAAAACAAGGAGAAGUCUGAGGAGAAGCAGAAGGAGGCGAAAGAUCGGGGGCGAGAUACGGAAAAACACAAAGAGAAGAAGGAGAAACGCAGGGACCGAUCAGACAGUUCCCACAAGGCCAAGCGCUCAGUGACAUCAGAGGAGCGUUCUGGUAGUGUGUCAUCUCUCUCUAGAGGCACUUCACCUCCAGCCAGGAAGAAAUCCGUCUCACCGAAAGCUUCGUCACAUAAGGCCUCUCCUCCGCGCAGGUCUCCCUCCCCUCCCCGCCAUCAGCGCACUCCCACUCCGCCCCGCCACCACUCCCCCUCCUCCCACUCUGGUUCCUCUGCCCAGCGGCACUCUUCUUCUCCUCGUCGCCGGCGCUCGUCUUCUCCCACCUACCACCGCAGCGCAGCAGCCCAGGCCUCUGCCUCUUCCCCUCAGAGCUCUCGGCGCUCUCGCUCACCUCCCGCCUCCCACGACACCUCCUCGCCUCACCGGAGAUCUGACAGAUCAAGCCCCAGCCAGCGCCGCUCCAGGGGCCGCGACAGGAGCCGUGAGAGGAGCCGCGAGAGGAGCCGUGAGAGGAGCCGCGACAGGAGCCGCGAGAGGAGCCGUGAGAGGAGCCGCGGGAGGAGCCGUGAGAGGAGCCGUGGUGAAAGAGAGAGGAGUCCGCCUGCCCAGGAGCGCAGACAUGAGCGCAGAGAUGAAAGCCGCAGCAAGAGAGAUAAGGACAGCUUCCGUGACGACCGGGACUACGACUCUGAACAGGUUUCAUCUCGGGACACUCGUGACGACAGAGAGAACAGAGAUGCUCGUGAGCGACGGGACGCCCGCGACCGAGGAAGGGAAACAACCAGAGACUCCCGUGACCACCGAGACAACAGGGACGUAAAGGACUCCAGAGAGAGCAGGACGGACACCCGCUCCAGCCGAGAGUCGCUGGAGCGUCGUGACCGCGAACGGGAACGAGAGAGGGACCGGGAGAAGGAGAGGGAUAAGGACAGAGAGCGGGAGAAGGACAGAGACAGGGAGAGGACUGACAGCCACAGGAAGGAGGAGCCGGCGCAAGAUGACAGGAGUUAUGGGAGAGGACAUGGACGUGAGGAUGGAGGGAGAACUGAUGGAAGGACGGAGAACAGGACAGACAGAGCUGAGAGGAACGGGCGAGGGAGAGGGCGUGCUAAUGAAACAUCUGAAAAAGGCUCAAACAGAAACUCCCGGGGUUCCCAAAUGGAAAGCAGCCACGACAACUGGGAGUCACGGAGCAGUGCAGCACGUGAACGGAGCACGGAGAGGAGCACAGAUCGCAGUGCAACCGAAAGAAGCUCUGAGAGGGGUUCAGACCGAGAUCGCUACGAGGAGAGGCGAGGGGAGCAGGCCAGAGACUCCUCAUACGACAGGAGGGGAGGGCACAGUGAGCGGGAUCGCAGAGACAACCGAGAUAGAGAUCAAAGAGCAGCCUCCCCAAAUAGAUACCAGAGAUCAGAGGAGUCUGAGAGGGACGACAGGAGGGACGAGCGCCGGACAGACAGAGCAGAUGACAGACGAGACGACAGGACCCGCGAUAGGGAGCGAGAGAGGGACAGAGAGCGGGAGAGAGAAAAAGAAAAGAGGGAAAGGGAGCGAGAGAAGGAGGCAGAGAGGGACAGGGCCAGGGAGAGGGAGAGGGAGCGGGAGCGUGAGAGGGAGAGAGAGCGGGAGAGGGAAAGGGAGCGCGAGGAGCGUGAGAGAGAGCGGGAGGAGCGUGAGAGGGAGAGGGAGAGAAAGGAGCGGGAAAGGGAGAAAGAGAGGGAGCAGCGGGAGCGAGAGAGGCAGCGGGAAUGGGAGGAGCGAGAGAGGGGAAGAGAGGAAAGGAGGGAGAGGAGAGAUGACUCCAGGGACGACCGCUCCGUCAGAGACGCCCGGGAUGACCGCAAGACGAGUCGUAAGAGGCCCAGGGUGGAGAGCAGCCCCAGCCCCCGAGGCUCGCCUAAGCGAGCCGCUCGGGACCUCAGUCCGGCAGACAGCGACGGCUACAACAGCGCAGAAGAGAAAAGUGAGCGCCCGAUUGGCCGAGGGCAGGCCAAGCUCCACCCACAGCCCCUCCUCCCCAGCCCAGUGUGUCCGCCUCCAUCUGACAGUGCAGACAAGCAUCGUCUGCUGAGCCAGGUGGUGCGGCCCCAGGAGCCCUUGCUACGCUCUCCGCCGAGGAAUGCUCAGUGUGAUGAGAAGCCAAGUCACUGGAAGGAUGAGGAGCGUAGAGGAGCCGGGGACAAAAGGGACCCACGCAGCCGCCACGAGGACAUGGAGCCUCGUGGGGAGCGGAGUAGAGGAGGUGACAGACGAGGCGAGCACCUCACAGACACCGCAUCUGACUCACGCAGCAGAGGUAGAGACCAGCGAGAGAUCACGCCGCCUCCCUCUUCAGCCCUCGCCACUGGUGGCGAAGAAAGAGACACCGCUGGCUCCCAGUCCCACGAGGAGGGCAAAAAGAAGAAGUCGCAGAGGAAGGGCUUGAAGAAGGGUCGCAAAGAAGAGGAGGUGGUGGCUGGUGCAGGAGAUCGUUUCAACCCAGAGCCUCCAGCCGGCGGUCCUACAGAUGGACCUCCACCGCUACACUCGCCCAGGAAAGGAGCAAAGAAGAAGGCGCUUGACCGAAAGAGGAAACGGUCACGAGAAGGAGAGUCGGAUGUGUCUGAUGAGGAGUCAUCGGCCCCUCAGCCACACAACAAAAGGAAGAGAGGACCGCGGACGCCACCGCCCUCGAUGAGGCCUGAUCAUCGUGGAAGCAACGCAGAGCCGUCCCCGCUGUCCAAGAUGGACAACUUCAGCGACUGGUCAGAUGAGGAGGUCACAGACCGAGGAGGAGGACUACUGGAAACACCGCUGGCUCCUGCUGACAGGGCUCCUGCUGAGCCUCACAGGAGAGGCGGUGGUCCCAGAGUGGGCAGGGACAGGGAGCGGUGCAAUCCGCCUCCCAUCGCCCCUCUGCUCUCCCAGGAUCCUCCGCUACUGCUGCAGACUCUGACCCCGCAGCCCCUCAUGUCCCAGCCGCUGCUCCGCAAACCUCCCCCGGAGCAGACGCGCAGCAGCAGCAUGGGGAGCAACCAGAGCCGCACGUCAUCCAGACGCCUGCGGUCACCGUCCAACGAGUCAGCGCAUCGAGACGACCCGCAAGGUCCACGACCACGCCGGGGCAGGCUGCAGGGCGCCAACUCUCGGGACCGAGAGAGAGAAAGAGAACGAGAGAGGGAGAGAGAGAGGGAGCGGGAGAGGCCCGUCGUGAGUGAACCUCCAGGGGCCGAGAGGAAGUCACGGAUCGACCAGCUGAGGAGAGGAGAGCCAAGCCGCAGCACUUCCUCAGACCGUCAGGAUUCCCGCAGCCACAGCUCGAGGCGCAGCUCUCCUGACUCUGAGAGACAAGCCCCGUCCAGGUCCCGCGCCGGCUCCUACGACAGCCGAGAGCGAGAGAGAGACAGGGAGCCGUUUGAGCGGGAUCGAGACCGAAAGGACCUGCGACCUCAGCAGCAGACGCAGCAGCAGCAGCCCCUGCUCCUCCAGCAGCCGCUACAACAACAGAGAGACUGGGAGCCCGAACCUAGAGACUGGCCGAGCAGGGGACGGGAGCCCCUUCUGAUGCGUCCUGGACGUGAACCUCUCCUGAGGGAGCGGGACAUCAGGGACAGGGAUCGCUUACUUCCUGAAGGACUCAUUCAGCAGCAUGAACGGGAGAGAGAGCGAGACGUCAGAGGGGACAGAGGCGGCGAUCGAGAGAGGGAGAGGAUGAUGAUGAUGAUGGACCUGCCUCCCCACGCGGACCCCAGGGCCCCAGGACGAGGGGACCUGAGGGGGGAUAUGAGAGGAGACCUGCGAGGGGACAUGAUGAGACAGGAGAGGAGUGACUAUGAGCCUCUGCUGCCGAGGGAAGCUUUCAGUCCUCCAGAGCCGGAGAAACCGAGCAACAGUCACCAUCUGAUGGGAGAGCAACGGGAGCUGGAGAAGACGGACAGCAUCGACGGAGACGAUGACGGGAAAGAGGACGACGGCCAAUCAGUGGCGUCUGUGGGAGAGGAAUAUGAACCGAUCAGUGAUGAUGAGCUGGAUGAAAUUCUGGCUGACAGUCAGAAAAAAGAGGACCAGCAGGACGAAGAGAAAAUUACAGGUCCUCUGGACGUCAUAGAUGUGGACUGGUCCAGCCUGAUGCCCAAACAGAAGCAGGAGCCCCGGGCAGCGGGGGCAGCGCUGCUGCGCUUCACCCCAGGGGCCGUGCUCCUCAGGGCGGGCAUCUCCAAGAGACUCGCUGGUCCUGAGCUCCUGGAGCAGGUCAGAGAGGUGUGCAAGUCCGAGCUGGACGACCCCAAAGAUGCCGACAAGCUGUUUGAGCACGACCUCGGCGCCCUGAACAUGGCAGCCCUGAACAGGCGGGUGGAGAGGGCAGGUUUACUGAGGAACCUCGGGCCCUGCUGCAAGGCCCUGUGUGCCCGCAGGGAUUUUGCCAUCCGCCGGCAGCUGUUGAAAAAUGACAAGGGCCUGACCAAGCAGUACCCCACUACGCCCGUGGUGGACAACGAGCUGCUGCAGAUGAGCAUGCGUCUCUUCAGAAGGACCAUGGCCGGCCAGGCUUCGGGGCCAGAAAGGUCGGACGCAGCGCCGCCACCGGCAGCCGAGGUGGCUCCAGCUGAAAGCAGUAAGCUGAGCACAGCGCAGCCUGAAGUGUGUGUGUCCUGAGAGACGUGGGUUUUAUGAGUCAUGAAAACGUGUCCCCAAACCCUCCCUGACUCAUUUCAUUUCAUACGUUUAAUAAUGACAGGUAAUUAAGGAAAAUUGUGACUCGCUUUACAUGUUUUUCAAUGAUCUGCAAGUGCUGUGCCAUAGACUACCGGACAUUUAGCCUGUGGAGGUGAACCAUGUAUGAGAAACAUGUUUUUUGUGCAUUGCAGUGUUUUAGAGCAGCGAUUUAAUUGUCUCGUCCACCUACCUAACCAAGAUCAGAUGUUUUGUUCUGGUGUUCAUUUGUUACUCCGACUGUGCAUUAAAAUGGUUAGAUGUUGAUUUCUGUAACGGGUCUUUUGCUUUGUAUGAAGUGACUGUUCAGCCUUCAAAACACUCGAUGUUUUUACUAUUUUGUGUUUACGUCAGACAAACAACACUGAAACAUCCUGCAGGGACUUGAAUGUUUCUCGUGAAUAAGCACUGCCAAACUAUUCCUCCAUUGAAUGUCAUUUUCUUUUAAACUGUAAACAUUAUUGCUUCUUGCUUGAUGUGUUUGUUUUGAAUGGUUUGGCAAUGUCUCCCUGAAGUGAACUGAGCACACUAUAGACUGCAGAUCUGCAACACUGCCAUGUGGAACUCCUCUCCUUAACCACUCCACAUCCAAACAGGAGCCAAAUAGGAAAAGACAAUAGACUGCUUAGAUUUUUAAAAAUGACUGAAAGGAUAAUUAAUUUGCUCCUGAGUCCCAAUAAAAAGACUUGCACAGGUGGAUAAAGUGAA